CCUCCCCGCCCCUUCCCCAGCCGGCGCUCCCGUUACGCCGCGGAGCCGGGAGCCGGAGCCCGAGCCCGCGGCGGCGGCGGGAGGCUGCGAGGGGGCGCCGCGGCGGCGGCGGCGGGGCCUGCGGGGCCUGCGGGGCGGGCGGCCGGGCCCGGCCAGGCCGCGAUGGCGACCAAGAAGGCGGGCUCGCGGCUGGAGACGGAGAUCGAGCGCUGCCGCUCCGAGUGCCAGUGGGAGCGGAUCCCCGAGCUAGUCAAGCAGCUGUCGGCCAAGCUCAUCGCCAACGAUGACAUGGCAGAACUUCUUCUCGGGGAGUCAAAGCUGGAGCAGUACCUGAAGGAACACCCACUGAGGCAGGGGGCCAGUCCCCGGGGCCCCAAGCCCCAGCUGACUGAGGUCCGCAAGCAUCUGACCGCCGCCCUGGACCGAGGGAACCUUAAGUCAGAAUUCCUACAAGAAUCCAAUCUGAUCAUGGCCAAGUUGAAUUAUGUGGAAGGUGAUUAUAAAGAAGCUCUGAACAUUUAUGCCCGGGUGGGCCUGGACGACCUGCCGCUGACAGCUGCCCCCCCCUACAGGCUGCGGGUGAUUGCAGAAGCCUAUGCUACCAAAGGACUUUGUUUGGAGAAGCUGCCUAUUUCUUCUUCUACCAGUAAUCUCCAUGUGGACCGGGAACAGGAUGUCAUCACCUGUUAUGAGAAAGCAGGGGACAUCGCACUCCUGUAUCUCCAAGAGAUAGAAAGGGUAAUACUUACUAAUAUUCAAAACAGAAGCCCUAAGCCUGGCCCUGCUCCCCACGAUCAAGAACUAGGUUUUUUCCUAGAAACAGGACUUCAGAGAGCCCAUGUCCUCUAUUUCAAAAAUGGGAUAGAUGUGCAUGAAGACCAACAGAACUUGACAAGAGGAGUCGGAAGAUUUAGAGAGCUUCUCAGAGCAGUUGAGACGAGAACGACUCAAAACCUGCGAAUGACAAUAGCCAGGCAGCUGGCAGAGAUCCUGUUGCGGGGUAUGUGUGAGCAGAGCUACUGGAACCCUCUGGAGGAUCCACCGUGCCAGUCACCUCUGGACGAUCCUCUCCGCAAAGGAGCAAACACAAAAACCUACACUCUCACUCGGAGAGCCCGUGUCUACUCAGGAGAGAACAUUUUUUGUCCUCAAGAAAAUACUGAAGAAGCCUUGUUGUUGUUGCUGAUUAGUGAGUCAAUGGCCAACCGGGACGCUGUGCUGAGCAGGAUACCCGAACACAAGAGUGACCGCCUCAUCAGUCUGCAGAGCGCAUCUGUGGUCUAUGACUUACUGACCAUUGCUCUUGGAAGAAGAGGCCAGUAUGACAUGCUGUCAGAGUGCCUAGAAAGAGCCAUGAAGUUUGCCUUUGAGGAGUUCCACCUGUGGUACCAGUUUGCUUUGUCCCUGAUGGCUGCUGGAAAGUCUGCCCGUGCUGUGAAGGUGCUGAAAGAGUGUAUCCGCCUAAAGCCAGAUGACGCCACCAUUCCCCUCCUCGCUGCCAAGCUCUGCAUGGGCUCCUUGCACUGGUUGGAAGAGGCUGAAAAGUUUGCCAAAACUGUCGUUGACGUGGGAGAGAAAACAUCAGAGUUCAAGGCCAAAGGCUACUUAGCUCUGGGGCUCACAUACAGUCUGCAGGCCACUGACGCUUCUUUGCGAGGGAUGCAGGAGGUCCUACAGAGAAAGGCGCUUCUUGCAUUUCAGAGGGCCCACAGCCUGUCACCCACAGAUCACCAAGCAGCUUUCUACCUGGCUCUGCAGCUUGCCAUCUCCAGACAGAUUCCAGAGGCUCUGGGGUACGUCCGCCAAGCUCUUCAACUUCAAGGUGACGAUGCCAACUCCCUGCACCUCCUUGCCCUCUUGCUGUCAGCGCAGAAGCAUUACCAUGAUGCUCUGAACAUCAUCGACAUGGCCCUGAGUGAAUACCCCGAAAAUUUCAUACUACUGUUUUCCAAAGUGAAGUUGGAGUCUCUCUGCCGGGGCCCGGAUGAGGCGCUCCUGACUUGUAAGCACAUGCUGCAGAUAUGGAAAUCCUGCUACAACCUCACCAACCCCAGUGAUUCUGGACGUGGGAGCAGCCUCUUAGAUAGAACCAUUGCUGACAGACGACAGCUUAAUACAAUUACUUUGCCAGACUUCAGCGAUCCCGAGACAGUGUCAGAUUCCUCCUCCUCCUCCUCCUCUCCUCUUUCAAGAACCGAAUCUCCUCUCCACCUGUUUGUGUCUCCUCAUCUUCAUUCUCAUCCCAAACCUGACACCUUUGUGUGGCCCCCUGCAGCUCAUUCAUUCAGUGACGCAGGUCCCCGCCGGGAACCCUCUCUCUGUAAACAUGGUUUUUCCUUUCUUGUUAGACCUACUUCAUUUGCCUGUUUUACUUUCUGAUAAUCUUCCUAACUGAUAAGCUGGAGAGGAAACUUCAUCAGACUUGCCAGAGAGAAAUCUUGCUCAUUUGAAAAUCCAAAAGCUGUUUGGGGCAGAAGGAAAUUGGAGAUUCAGAUAUUAGAGCCCAAGUUCCAGCCUCCUCUUUGAAAAGUAAAGGAGACCUUCUGGGCAGGAAAGAUGGAAGCUUUUCUAGAAUAUUGCCUCUAAUUCUUGGGUCCUUCCAUGCUUUCCUGGAGUUUGAUAUAAAUGCAUAAAAAUUAAUCCUAUUUAAGAAAAGGCAAAUUACAACAUUUUGCAAGUAAGAAUUUAAUCCUUAAAACCCGUUUUCAAUUUAGAAAUGAAUUCACCCAGUGUGUAAUCAUCAAGCCUGUAUUCUAAAGGUCGUGGCCACAGCACUUUCAACAUGGGUUCUCAAACUUUACCGUGCAUUAAAAUCACACAGAGAACUUUUAAAGCAGCUGAUCCCCUGGUCCCCACCAGCAACUUGAUAUUCACUGGGCCUGAGGUGGGGCCCGGGAAUCUGGAUUUAUAAAUUGCUCCCCUAUGAGUCCAAUGCCCAUGGAUUUAGACCACAUUUUGAGAAACAGUACUAUAAACUAUUUUCCAUUUGCAGUGAAGGAAAAUGUAGGGUUCGUGUUGUGAAACUGUGCAGAAAAAUUGAACGGUAUUUUAGUCUAAUCUUGCUUUUAAAUAACACAGAAAUUUUGAAAGUCAGCUUUAGGAAGUUCCAGAACCUGUCCAUGAACAGCCCCGACAACAAGAAAGAUGCCUAUGUGAAAACGAACACUGGUUGGUAAAACUCUUAAAUGGGACCUAAAUCUGAAUCUGACCCAGGGAGUCCAUACUUGUUUUCUUUCACUGAUUUAUUUAAUGUUCACUGCCAGCACUGCCAGAAAAUUUAAUCUCUGUAUCUAUGAAUGAUAAGGGCUCAUCUUUGUUCCACAUGCCCAGUCAUAUGCUGAACAAAAGCUCUUAAGGGGAAAGUGCUGCCAGAAAGAUCCGCUUUCUCUAAUGCGCGCCUCUUUCAGAUGGCUCACCCGCUGUGUUCAGCUCACACACAGAAAGCCGGGGCAGAAAUGAGAUUACCAUUUAAAAUAAACCAUCCAUGCUGAGAAACCCGCUGACCAUACUUAUCUGCAUAUUAAGUGUUCUGAACUUUGCUUCCCUGGGAACGGCCCUUUUAUGAAAUGGAAGAUGAAGAUAUUGUUUAAACACUGUGUAUGUUGUUUUUAAUGCACUUCUUAAAAUAGGCAUUUUCCCUUAAUACAAUGCCUACUGGCAAUUGCCAACUUUAAUUUUUCCAGAAAAAUUCUUUACAUUGACUUUUGUUGAGUUUAUUGUCUUAAAAUGGGAUCUUCCCAUUCUAGAACAACAUGGUAUGUUCCCACUGUCGCGUCCACUCUCUGCACAACAGACCCACCUGCCAGUAUCUUUCAUGUUGCAUCCUGGGAGCCCUGUGCUCCUGUAAGCCUUUGAAAAGUGAAGUCCUGAUUCUUCCAGUGAGGCACUUCGUGUCUGAUUAAUCAGUGACUUGCUGGGGUGAUGAGCACCCACUGGGCUUUCUGCUCAAUGGAGUAUGUCCUGGGCAGGCUCAGUUGUUUAUUCUUAAUAAGCUGAAGUCAUCUUUCCAGCCUCAGGGAGUGUCUAGCCAGUGACCAGGUAUUUCAACUAAGACAGAAGCUCUCAAGAAUCCACCCCCUCCCAUAGAGUCAGCAUUUAGUUAGAGAGGGGAAAACAUACUGAUAAACAUGGAAUUUCUUUAUCAAAAUUGUAAUGAAUUCAAGUCCCAACUUUUCUGUUGGGACCUGAAGUGUUAUGAAUUUCUCCCUCCAACCCUUUGACUUUAUAGAAAGGAAACCUGGCCCAACCCUAUAAACCACUGGAAUCAUGAUUAGGGUUAAUGUGUGGAAAGACCUGAAACCUGCUCGUUUGAUUAUUUUUCCCUUCCCUUUGGAAUGUGUUUUGUUUCCAGAGCAGGAAACAAAGCACAUUGCAUGAAUCGGUCAGCUUUCAUGUGCUGGGUGAACAUUUAAAUGGAUGGGGAAUGCCCAGUUGUCCUUUCUUUGGUUUAAAAAGAAAUUGUUAAUGGAAAAACGUGUGUCACUCUUGAAUGGAAAUAUGAUUCUAGAUAGCCAGACUUACAGUUGGAAGGUUAUUGGAACUCCAUUCGCUUUUUCAGCCUUAAUUUUGAUUU